AUGCCCGGCAGUCAGAUGUCGCAACAGCCCCGUGGUCACUCCCUGCUAGUAACGCCGUGCCGCUCGAAGUCGUCUGGAUACUUCGUGUUCGAAGUGGAUCGUUUGGCGGUGGCGGGCGAGAUUCUCGCCUCAGCGGCUCAGGUUGGUGGGUCCAGUGGAUCUUGGAGUCCGGAGUUGCGUGUGUCUUCAAGGCCGUUGACCAAGCCCAGUCGCAAACGCGUCGGCAAGGCCUCCAAAGAGGUCGAGCUGUUGCUCAGCGACUUUCGACAGGAGCCGCCGCCCAUCGCCCAACAACUCUGGAACCAGCUGCAUUUGGAGGAACAGUCGCUGAAGCACAUGCAGAAGCAGCUGCAGCGCCUCUCCUCCGCACACCUCAGGCGUUUGGAACGUGCCUACGUCGAAGAGGCACAGCAAAACCUCCCGGAUGAAGUGAGCACCGCAAUGCUGUUGUUGGCCUACCUGGGAGCAAUGGGCGUUUUCACAGCAGGAGCUGGCUGCACCAUGAACUACUGGAGCUGGAUCUCCAGUGCCGCGAUUGGGGAUUACUUGAUGGCAAUCAUUGGGUCCAUCGCAGUGGUUUCAGUGUUAGAGAUGCUGCGCAUGGUCCUGGUGCUGUGCGUUGCCUUAGCUCGCCUAGAGACACGGCGUCGCGCCACGCAGGCGAAGUGGACCCGCAAACAUCCAGAGAUUUUGGAGGUGAAAGCCACCGCCCCUCUGGGUGUGGGCGGCGGCAACUCGCCUCGCUCGGCUCGCCGCUGGCCGGGCGACCGCGGCGAACGCGGCGAACGCCCACCGGUGGCAGCUGUCAAGGUCACUCGGGCUGCUUCAGCACUGCCCAGCCCAGUGACUGGUGGCUUCUGGGCCUUGCCACGGAUGCUUCAGCGGCGUGGUGCUCGUGUCUCACCAGAGAGAGAUGCGGAACAGAAAUCCUCCAAGCGCUGGAAAUUUUUGAGGCGGGCUGGAGAGCUGGGCCGGGCCGGGGUGCGACGCCAAGUGGAAGAGCGCGAAGCUGAACAAGUGGCAGCCAUGAUGAACAUGGCAGGAUUUCACCUUGCCUUGCGGUCUUGCCGAGGGCAAACAGCCGAUAUCAGCCCGCAGGAGUUGGGUGGGAUACCGCAAGCUUUGGGGCCCAAGGUCAACAAGAAUGGCUUGCCCUUGCUCUAUGAUGAGCUGCCACUGUACGCAGAGCCCAAGAAGCAUGGUCUGAAGUGA